CUGGCAGUUGAUUUUAACGGCAAUAUGUUUCCCCCGUACGUUGAGACUCCGGGAAUCCUGAUGGUAACCGCAGGCUGUCUCGCUGUAGGUAGUCUGUUGACUACUCUGGCAUCUUACCUGAGACCUGGCCACGUCCAUUCUUUCCAAUGGAUCUUCCUGAUCCUGUCUGGUUUCCUCUACCCGUACGAUCUCGCCAGAAACGGCACGGAGCUGGAUCCUCUUCGCCUCGCCGGCAGGUCCUCAUAUGGAUCAUCCAUCGGCUCUUUGCUUCUUCUACAUCUCUUGUCUUUCUACCUCGGCGAGGACCUUAUCGCUGAUGCUAAGACCAACUCGUGUGAGAAGGAGGACGUUCCACGGCGAAAGAACAGGGCCGACAAGAUGUUCUUGGUGGCGAACCUAGUACAUUCCACGAGCAUGCUUCAACUCUCUUCCUGGAAGGAUCCCAGUUCUAGUCCGGGACUAUUGGGUGUUGGUUUGUACGUCGCCUGGGUACUUGCUCGCGUAGCCGCGAUAAAGGCCAAUAUCGCCACUUUCCACGCCGUUUUCUCAACAGAUCUCACCACUCCUUGUUUAUCAGUGAUAGGGCAUACGAUCGUGGUGAUAUACGCCUGUGUGAUAGCUCAGAUUCCUCUCGAACUAGGUGCUAUUAUCUUCAAGGCGCGCGGGCUCGUGAUGCUCUCGAUGGUCAGCAUGCAGGUCGGCUUCGCGGCGAUGCUCCUUGUCUACAACCUGAGGAUCUGGCAUCGGAGGGCUGCAAAGCCCCUGCCCAAUGAGAAGCCCCAUGAGAUUUUACAAGACGAUAAGUCUCUGCAGGAUUGC